AUGGGGUCCCUACCACGGAUUGUCGUUGCGACAAGCUCCGCAACGAUCCGGCUUAUCGCCUUUCUUUUCUUACGAUGGAUUCCCGGUCAUCAUUUCCCACCCAUAGUCUUCACUUCGUUGGCUGUAUACCUCUCAACACUGCCAUCCCUCAUCCGACAAGGCAACAAUGGUCGCAACGGCGGGAAAGAUCAAGACUCCAAAAAUCGGAAGUCAUCAGGCCAAGGCGGCCCUGGUGCUAUAAAGGCAUUAUUGACAGGCCUGCCAUCUGCUAGGUCGCCAUGGUCGACGCGCUUGACGGUUCUCAUUAAUGUCAUCGUUUCGCUUCUCACACUCGACUUUCUCGUACGAGGACUGGUAUUAUAUCCUAGCACGGAUGCCGCAAUCUCUCGUAUCGGCUAUAUCUCGCCAACUACUGCAAAUCUGCUCGUUCGUGAGCCUGACCCGGCCCAGCUUCCCCUGUACGUCUACUACCAGGAAGCGAACCAUGAAGCGGACGCCGCGAAAUGGAUCGAAGAAGGAAUCGUUUAUGCUCUUGAUGAUACGUCUGACUUCACGGCUAAGGUGGCAUUCAAAAACUUGAAGCCGUCCUCGCCCUACCGCUACUCCCUGUCCAACAAUAUGACGGGAACAUUCAUUACAGCACCCCUCCCAGGGUCGGAAUCAGCCACCCGACUUAGUUUCCUGACUUCGAGUUGCAUAAAGGCAAACUUUCCGUACAAUCCGCUCUCUCAUCCUCUGCGAAUUCCAGGUAUUGAGCAGAUGUCCGAGACGAUCGCCAAGCUUCCGUCCUUAUUCCGGCCAGCUUUCAUGCUGUUCCUUGGAGACUUCAUCUAUAUCGAUGUUCCUCAGCGUUUUGGAUCUUCCAUCUCUCACUAUCGCAGCGAAUACCGCCGCGUCUAUUCAUCGCCAUCGUGGACCAUUCCCAAUGACGGCCCGGCGAUUGACCUCCCCUGGCUUCACACGCUGGACGACCAUGAAAUUGCGAACGACUGGUCUCAGGGAAACACCACAGCACCAUAUCCGGCGGCCGCUGAUCCGUAUGUACACUACCACGUCAGCGUGAACCCACCCAUUCCGCCUAUGCCUUUUGCCAAGCCCGAAAAUACCACCUACUUCUCAUUCAUCAACGGCCCGGCUUCAUUCUUCAUGAUGGAUACGCGUACCUACCGAUCGGAACCCUCGCAGGCAAACUCCACCAUCUUGGGUUCAGCACAGCUGCAGUCCCUUCUUGAGUACAUAGGCCGCCCGGAACCUGCUGAGGUUCGGUGGAAGUUUGUUGCAUCGAGCGUGCCCAUGACCAAGAACUGGCCUGUGGGCAACGCCGACACUUGGGGCGGGUUCUUGCAUGAACGCCGCACUGUUUUCGAGGCAAUGUGGCGUGCUGAGCGAGAGCUAGGCGUCCGCAUUGUCAUGUUGAGCGGCGACCGCCAUGAGUUCGGGGCCACUCGGUUCCCCGAUCCUACAUUGGGGUUGACCCCUGACGAGCUGGCCCCUAAUAGUGCCGGCGAGGGUCUCCAUGAGUUCAGCGUUGGCCCACUGAGUAUGUUCUACAUUCCUGUGGGGACCUACCAACAGACAGACAACGAAGAUGUUACAAUCAAGUACACUCCCACUGGGAACUUCAAGUACGGUUUAAUCGACAUCGCCAAUUAUGACGAAGAGAUCGAUACUCCGUCUGGGACGCCAGCGAAGGUGCCCAGUUCUGUUCUUACAUACUCGCUCUAUAUUGAUGGCGAGGUCGUCUGGAAAUAUAGACUAAGCGUCCCUCUUGUUGAGUCUGGUGGAUUGAUGGCCGCUUCGUCCGCCAAACAUCCUCGACUGCCUCCUGGGCGAGUUCUCCUGGAUGAAGUCACCGAGGGCUGGGAGGUCGCCUUCCAGGAAUUUCUUGGUAAGGCAGAAGAAAUUGGUGCUUCGAUCUGGCGGCAGGCCGUCGACCAGUAUUACGAAUUGUUGGAAAAGGCUGGCAAGGCCGAGAGAGUGUAA